AAGUUCUAUGAUCUCAUUCACCGAGUUCAUUCCCCGGCGGGAGCCCCGCGCCCCGCACUCAGGUCCGCGACAGAUCCUCCCGAAUUCUCUCCGAGCCCGGCCAGCGACUUUCAGUACAAGAACCCAGGGUCCUGCCUGAUCUCCUCCAGGAUGCUGCUGCUUCAUCUAUAACCUCACCGCAAUGACCGCUCCGAAGUUCUUCGUCGUCGCGCACGUCAUCAGUCGAAAGGGCGCACUGCCUUUCUGGGAGAAACGACUUGAUGCCCUCUGCGGUGUCUCUGCUACCGAGUCCCUCGGCGACUCCUACUACUGGGGUCAGGACCUCAACGGGGACCCUGACUCGAUCUGGGGUCUCGAGGGCUACACCCACGCCGCGGGUUUCUUCCUCGGCCAUGUCUCGACAGAUAUCUUCAAGCGCGAGAUGAAGCUUGUCGAUGAUGACCUGCUGCUCAAAAGCGUGCAAGGCCUUGGAUCUCCGGAUUACGAUCUCUAUCACUAUGAUCAGUACGGCGGUUACCUGAAAAAGCCAGACGAUAAGGAUAAGGACUCGGUCACCAGCCAUGUCGCCGUGCACCACUUCUGGGCGAAGGAUCCCGCAGACCAGACCAAGAUCCUGGACGCUCUCAACAAGUUCUCCGAGUCUACCAAAUCCGUCGAGGGCGUGCAGAGUGCUCUCGUGCUGAAGGCAAUAGUUGUUCCUGAACUGGCCACUCUGUGGAUCCGAACCAAAACUCAGGACGACUACAAGUCGUUCGAGCCCAAGCUCGCAGCUCUGGCUAGCGAGUUGAAGCCCCUCAUCUCCAAAACUGAAGUUUAUCAGUCGCGCAGCUUUAUCGGACAUCUUGACCUCAAAUAGGUCUGCCUCACAUUGUAUCUUAGAUCAUGCACGAAUCGAAAUCAUAUUCUACUCACAUUUCACCUCACCGAGUU